AUGGUGUUCCCCGAAGCAUUUAGCGGUGAUCCUAUCGUUAUCGAUGAGCACUGCGCCAUCGCCUUUGUGCCGCAGUCGCGGGGGUAUUUCCUUGCAGUUGCCUGCAGCACCUCGCAGAGACGCGUGAAAGUGCGCCUGGACCUAACGUGCUCCACGCGGUACUGUGUCUUCGUGCCGGUGGUCGGGGUCGUUCACGUAGGACCGAUGGUGGUUGAAGUCACCAUCGCACCGUAUCGAGUGCGCAACGUUGGGUUGGUGGGCCCGGAGAAGGGCGCACCGCCACUGCCGCUUGCGCAGCUAUUAGUGUGCUUGCAUUACGACGUGCAUGUUUUUCUUGAGGAGGAGACGGGCAUUAUGGUGUCUGCGACUAGGUGGAGGAAGGGCACGAGGGAGACGUGCCCAGCGCCCACGCCCUCGACGCUGCUGCCGGCAACCUUGGCGAAUGCGUGGCCCCCUUGGCUGUCGCACCUGCGGGUGCAUGACUUCACGGCGUGGAAACGCGAUGAGAAGUUGGAUGCCCAAGCUGACGAGGGAGGCGAAGCGGACAAGGUGCUGGUCCAGGUCGAUGUGGUCGCCGACGGCGCGGCGUACCUUCUCAGUGCUGUAAACAAAGGGCGUACGCCGCGCCGCGUCCUGUACACGCCUCCGUGUGAAUUAUGUGGUUCACCGUCUGUUUGCUUUGUGCCAAUGGACGGCCAUGAAUGCGAGGACGCCGCCGCGAUUACGGGGUAUGUGCCUGGUGGGGGCGAUGUUGCCCUCGGGUGGGUGGUAACGGUGGAUGCGGAUACACCACCCAGCUGCGAUCAACUAUUCCCUUCGCAGGCCUUUACUGCCGCCGCCUGCAAUGCUGCUUCGACGGAAGUACUGCAGCUUCAGGGUGAGAAGGACGCUGCGCCGAUCAAGUCAACUCCCACAAAGCGACCUAAGUUUGUGUGCAGUAGAACAUUUCUGCACUCUCAGCGGAGGUCCGGCUCUGGAGGCGCUAAGGGCGGUGCUCCGUGGGGUCCCCCGUCUCUCGCGUGCUCGAGGCGUGUUACCGUUGGUGGCUUCGCCCCGCGGGAAUGCUCGCGGUCUCCCACGAACGCAUGUGCGUCAACGACCACAACGGGAAAUGCAGCCCAAGCAAAGGAGAGAUCCACAUUCAUGCCUUCACGGAAGAAAGCUGACCGGAGUGUUUCGAAGAGGCAUCAGAUUUUACUCAUAGGCAGCAUGCCUGGUAGUGCGGUGCAGACGCCGGAGCGGAGGGAGGUGUCGGGGCUGCCUGCUGCUCAACGGCGGGAGGCGUCAUGUGGGGAGAACGGGACGCCCGUUGAACAAAAGAAAGAGGCAGGAAAGGCGUCUCAUUUAUCAACCGAGCAUGGAAGGCGCACGUGCGCUAUCGACGCAACUUAUGUGCCCCAUUUGCGGGAAGGAGGGGCAAAUCUUCUUUCUGAGGUUGCAACACCGACUGCGGCAGAAAUUGAACGCCGCACAGUGUCAUUGAGGGUGACGCACGCCUGCCGGGAAGAAGUUUCCGAAGACAAGGAGGAGAAAACGACAUGCGUGAGUCACGCACUGCGGGAACUGGACUGCGAGGAGGCACUGAGGAGGAUUGCUGUAGAGAUGGCAGAGGCGACGGCGUGGAAAGUUCGCCUGCUGGAGUGGCAGCAGCCGCCCUGCCUCAUUUGCGCCAACCCCGUCCCACCCUGGGCGCUCUUCGUGGAGGAGCCCUCAAGCGGCGAGAGGGUCCACUUCCUGUGCUACGCAGAGAUGCGGCAGCCACUGCAGCAGCAACAAACACCGCAUCACUCUAACGAUGGAACGCAUUGCCCGUCUGAAGUAAUGGCUGGACGAGAGUAUUCCGUGGAAGGUCUUCUCUGA